UUGGAAGGGCUUCAAGGGGUGGAUCCGCUUCGAAAUGGAGAAGAGGGAGCAGGGCGCGAGAAGCUUCAAAAAGGAGACCGUGAACAAACUGCUCCAGUUCCACUUCAAAGAUGACAAAACACGAGUCAGUGGUGAUGCUGUAUUGCUGGUGGCAGAAAUGCUCAAAGUGUUUGUCCGAGUGUUUAUAUGUCUUGCAGAGACAGCAGCACGAGGAGCACGGCAAGCUCAGACUGAGGACCUGACCAGGGUGGAUGUGGAGCAUGUGGAAAAAGUGCUGCCGCAGGUGCUUCUGGACUUCUAAGAAAUCUGAUGGGGCAAAUCCUGCAUUCCUUUUCGCAGAAAAACGUUUGCCUGGCUAAAACAGACCACAGACGUGCACAUGGACUUUGCUCUCUUCCAAUGUAACUCUUCUCACGGGAACGAUAGUCUGGUUAGUGCGCCUUCCUUCCCAGUCAUCACGGUUUGUCUUCCUGGGAGUCCAGUGGCUGUCAGAUGUUGCCCCAGGGAGGCGGACUUUCUACUCCCUUUGUGACAGAACGCAUGGAGCAGAUGGUGCCUUGCUGUCCAAGACUGCGUCCUGUCCUGCCGCUUCCCAUUCACAGCUAGGCAGAGCCUCCACUUUUCCAAUGGGAGAAACAGGUGCCUUCCUGCAGCGGUGUGUGGAAAGAGUGAGUCUGCCUGGAUGCCUUGCCUGCGCCGUGGGCUCUCAUCACCUCGGCAGGCGCUUAAAGGCCAGCUCCAGGCCUGCCUGCUGUCUGAGCUCUUAACCAGGAGCCCAGUCCCUGGCCUAUGCCAGCAGCAGGUACCUGAUCUUUAUUUUAUAAAUAAACAGUGCCUGUCCCUCAAUCCUUUCCAGCAUUCCACUGGGGCCAUGACAUCAAAGAGUGCUUGGAACCUUUUAACCAUUUGAUAUUCCUCUCAGAAGCUGCUUCCCUCUGCUAUAAAUUUGUUCUCACAAAGCAACUUCAAUAAAUCAAAAAUAGUCUCCCUCC